AUGCAAACAUUCUCUUUAGAGGAGGUUGGCAAACAUAACAGCAAGAUCGACUUAUGGGUUGCUAUUCACGGCAAAGUGUACGAUGUCACAAGCUACGUAAAAGAUCAUCCUGGCGGUGCUGAUCUCUUAAUUGAUGUUGCCGGUCAAGAUGCAACGGCGGCGUAUGAAGAUGUUGGCCAUUCGGAGGAUGCAAGCGAGAUUCUCGAAUCCUUCCUGAUCGGGACACUGAAAGAUGCGGUGGAAUACAAGGCCCCCACAGCUGUCAGACUUAUCCAGCCACCUCCGGUGUCUUCACCUGAGCGAAAGGCCCUACCACUGGUGGAGAAGACACUGCUCGCUCCCAAUGUCUAUCGCUUCGUCUUUCAACUUCCUCGCAAAGGCGAUGUGGUUGGUCUGCCCAUCGGACAACAUGUCGCUAUCAAAGCAACUGUCAACGGCCAAUCCGUGUCUCGAUCAUACACUCCAACGUCGAAUAACCUCGACUUGGGUAGACUGGAGCUGGUAAUCAAGUGCUACCCAGAUGGAUUGCUCACAGGCCAGUACCUUGCCAACCUUGAGGUCGGUGACAAGGUCCUCUUUCGUGGCCCCAAGGGUGCAAUGCGAUACAAGAGGAAUCUCUGCAAAAAGAUCGGCAUGAUAGCUGGCGGCACAGGAAUCACGCCUAUGUUCCAGCUUAUUCGCGCAAUCUGCGAAGACGACAAGGACACCACUGAGAUCUCCCUGGUUUACGCCAAUCGUACGGAAGAUGAUAUUCUCCUACGUACUGAGCUGGAAGCAUUCGCAUCAGCCUAUCCGAAAUCGCUGAAGAUCUGGUACAUGUUGGACCACCCACCAAACGACUGGCAGUACGGCAAGGGCUAUGUAACGCCGGAUGUGAUGCGUGAAAGGCUGCCUGGGCCUGGUCCAGAUACCAGAAUCAUGCUUUGUGGCCCUCCUGGCAUGGUCAAUGCCGCAAAGAAAGGUUUGGCUGGUCUGGGAUUCCAAGCUCCAGGAGCGGUCGCGAAGAUGACGGAUCAGAUCUUCUCUUUUUAG